AUGUCUCCUAGAGCCCAGAAGGUCACUGUCUCCAACAUCUCUCCAGAUGAUAGAAUCAUAGCUAUUAUGGGCCAGACCGGCACAGGCAAGAGCACGUUCAUCAACAAGGCCACGAAUUCUGACCUGGCUACGGUGGGCGACUCGCUCAGAGCUUGCACUUCAAGGGUCAAUGCAAUCCGCUAUCCUCACCCUUUUGAUGGUCGCCCCAUCGUCUUCGUGGAUACCCCCGGCUUCGAUGAUACCAAUAAAUCAGACCUGGACAUCUUGAAGAUGGUCGCCGACUGGCUGACCAAGACCUACAAGAAAGGUUUCAAGCUCACAGCUAUCAUCUACCUCCAUCGCAUCUCCGACAAGCGCAUGACAGGUGCAGCCCACAACAACCUGGUUAUGUUCAAGCAGUUGUGCGGUGAAAAGGCUUUCCAGAACGUGAUCGUCGCGACUACAAUGUGGGGUCGAGUGACUCCAGAGGUCGGAGAGCAGCGCGAGAAGGAGCUGCAGGACAAAUUCUGGAAGCGGAUGCUCGAUCUCGGAUCGGCAACUGCGCGAUUCCACGACAACUUCGAGUCCGCGUGGAGCGUAGUCGAUAGCAUAUUGUCGGACCACCCGACCCCUCGCGCUCUCCUAUUGCAGGAGGAAAUGGUCGAUCUGCAGAAGCCGCUCAACGAAACGAGCGCAGGUAAGGAGCUCUACGAGAGGCUGCGAGGUCUUCAUGGACGACAGGAGCAAGUCUUGCGCGAGCUUCGACAGCAAGCAAGGGGUCAGGCCGCGGCGCAGUUUGCGACAGAACUGGAGGAUGUCGAACAGCAGAUUCGCCUCCUUCUAGUCCAGAUCCAAGAGAUGAGGGUUCCAUUGGGGAGACGCAUCCUUAUGUUCUUCACCUUCAGAUCGUGCUUCAAGAACUCUCACAUGAUGUAG